AUGACCUUUCUCAGUCCUUUGGUUUUGCACCCAGCCAUUUCAGACAUGAUGUUUCCGAGGAUGACGAUGAUUCUGACAAUGGUGGCCCUCUCCUCCCACCGCUCUCUUCAUCUUCUUCUCAAAUCUCAGCGUGACUUCUUAGAUGCCCCAUCUACAGCCAAUCCAAUCCCCCCUUUUCCUCACGCAGCAGGGUAUUCACGCAACCUUCACCCCAUCAACCACCACCCCGUGGACCCCCGCCGUCCUCGCAGGCAAACUCCCAAACCACUUUUCCGGAUGGCGAUUAUAAAAGGGCCAGGGCGGAACCACGACCAGCGCAGUAAAUAA